UUGAUCAAGUGCUUUGCUGUGUGUGGGGGUGAAAGAAUGAAGCCGGGCUAUACGCGUCGCAAUCCUCGGCUGAUCUUCCUCGUGACCGAUCUGAUCCUGUAUCUGUUUGUGAACCUUUACUCGAUAGCGAUCGUGUGGGGUUCGCUCAUGGAUGUGGUGUUUUGCUUCGUAACGUUGGGAAUCGCUAUUCAGGGCCUCGCUAAGAUUGAAGCCUUCACCUGUCCCGAGCUAAACGAUCUUCACCUGUACAAUGUGGCUCGGUUUACGAUGCCUCCCCGCUUUCCGGAGGUGGAAGAAGCACUCUUCCACACAGCCGCCAUGUGUAAGGUGUUUAUUCGAAUUCUUGCCGUGGCCUUCUCGAUCGUUGGCAUUGCGAUCUACUCGUACGCCAUCUUGAUGCCGCUGGUCGAGGGUGAACUGUCGCUUGCCUUUGGGUUCUAUCUGCCCUUUAUCGACUAUCGUACACCGAUCGGGUUUGCCAUCAACUGGGUGUAUCAGUUCAUACAGGUGUCGGAGGGAUGUAUUGGACUGAUGGCCUGUGACACUUGUCUGCUGUUCCUCAUCGUGAAUGCGACGGGCCAGAUGGAUCUUAUCAUUAUCUACCUGCGACGGCUUACGGAGCUGAUAGACAGCAACGAUGCUGGUCAGAAUGAUAAGAAAAUUGCUGAUCUUCUUGGUGAUAUCGUCAUCAAGCAUUUGGAGCACACCAAAUACGUAACGGACAUGGACAAACUCCUCAAGAAACAGUUCUUCAUCAACUUCAGCUGCAUCAUCUUUGAGCUUGUUGCAUCGCUCGCGAUCGUCGUGAGGUUUCCUUGGUACCCAGGAAUGGCCAUUUGUUUGAUUUGUACCAUACAGCUCUUCGUCAACUGUACUCUUGGGACGUUCCUCUCUUCGAAAGUGAGCUGUUUUAUCCUUUAAGUUUAUCCAUUAACUAUCUUUGGAUUGUUUUUUCACCCCAGAAUGAUAAACU